CUUCGCUGAGCCCCUCCAACGCAUCAGCGUCUUUCUUGAAUCGUGGGCACCAGAACCUGACACAGGAUCCCGGCUGCCGUCGCACCGGGGCCAAACACAGAGGGGAAAUCACCUCCCUGCAUGUGGGUCCUGCUUCACCCUCCCUCCUCCCCCACUCCCCAGGGCUUAUCUUCACCAACGUGGCCGCAGCUGCGCCGGUUCUCCCCCAGCACAAGGUGGAACUUCGGCACGGGGCAGCGGAGCAUGGGGCGGAUCCAGGAGGAGGCCCAGCGCCUGGCAGGGGAGCUUGGGAACACAACGGGUAGGUGCUUCCUGUCUCACCUGCCGUCGCCCCGUUCCAAGUGCCUCAGCCUGUUUACUAUCUGCUCAGCUCUCUGCUCAGAUUUCUCCCCACGGAGAUCGGUUACUAAUUCACUCACACCGCGUGGGAGCCUCACGGGCUGCAAAGAGACACAUUACGGCGCCACUUGCGGCCUGCACGCCUGGGUGGGGGUCUUGCGGCUCCAUAGCAGCUGGCCAAGGCUGCGGGGGGAGGAAUUUCUGGGCUGGGUGGGCCCUGAGCCUCCCAGGCUGGUCCAUUGCCCUGGCUCCUGGGGCUCCCCUGCCCUCUCCGUGGUGCUGAAAGUCCCAGCACCAUUUGCAGCACGAAUCCGCUUUCCCUGGGCCCUGUGGAGCUCUCUCCCCUUUCCCCCAGGCUCGCCCUUCGACCCCACCUUCCUCCUGGGCUCCGCCGGCUCCAGCAUCAUCUGCUGCCUCGUCUUCGGCAGCCGCUUUGGCUACAAGGACCAGGAGUUCCUCACCCUGCCGAGCUGCAUCAACCAGAACUUUCGCCUGCUGAGCUCCCGCUGGGGCCAGGUGGGGCUGGUGCCGGGGUGGGACCGAGUGAAAGUCACCCCCGUGAUGGAUGGACAGAGAGCUGGGGGUGUCAGGGCAGGGAUGGACGGAUGGACAGAUAGAGGGGUGUGUAGGGGGGUGGAUGGAUGGAUGGAUGGACAGAGGGAGGGGUGGGGGGAGGCGGGAUGGAUGAAUAGACACACAGACAGAUUCUCUUUGUUCUGGAUUUGGACACGUGACCCCCCGUUUCGGUGUCCGGACCCACUGAGAUCCCAGCUGCUCCUGGCUAUUUUGCUGGCCGCCCCCUGGGUGCUGGGCAUGUGCCCUCACCAGCUCCCCCCGUGCCCGUCUCUUGCAGCCCUACAACACGCUCCCGCCCCUCCUGGCCGCUCUGCCGGGCCGCCCCACGCCAUGUUCCACAACGCGGAUGCCCUCAAGCGCCUUGUCUCGGAGAGAGCGAAGCGGCCCCAGGACUCGCUGGGUCCCAGCUCUCCCGACAGCUACGUCGACUGCUUCCUGCUCCAGACGGACCAGGAAAAGCAGAACCCUGACACCGAGUUCACCACCGAGAACUUGGUCAUGACGACGCUGGAGUUGUUCUUUGCCGGGACGGAGACGGUCAGCACCACCCUGAGAUGCGGGAUCCUGCUUCUCAUGAAGUAUCCUGAGAUAAAAGAGAAAGUUCACAAGGAGAUUGUCCAGGUGAUUGGGCGGUCCCGCCUGCCGGCAACCGAGGACCGGAGCCACAUGCCCUACACCGACGCCGUGAUCCACGAGGUGCACAGAUUCGCCGACGUCAUCCCCAUGAGCCUCCCGCACAUCACGACCCAGGACGUCCAGUUCAGAGCAUACGUGAUCCCCAAGGGCACCACCCUCAUCCCCUUGCUGAGCUCAGUCCUCUGGGAUACAAGUCAGUUCAAAAACCCGGAUGUCUUUGACCCCGGGCAUUUCCUGGAUGGGAGCGGGCACUUCCAGAAGAGCAAUGCCUUCAUGCCAUUCUCUGCAGGGAAGUGGGUGUGUCUGGGCGAGGGCCUGGUCCGCAUGGAGCUCUUCCUCUUCUUCACCACGGUCCUGCAGCGCUUCGCCCUCAGCUCGCCCGUUGACCCCCAGCAGCUCAGCCUGGCUCCUGGCGUCAGCAAUCUAGGGAAGGUGCCACAGUGCUACCAGCUCUGCCUCCGCCAGCGCUGACGGGGUAAGCAGCAGCAGCCGCAUGAGGACAGCAGCAGCCAUGAGCUAAGCAGCAGAAAGUCACCUCCUCACAUCCCUAAAUUGCAUCAAAGCAGCGUCAUCUGGGGCCAUGGAGAAGGACCCUGUCCUCGUGGUGUCCACCGCUCCCAGAUAAAGACACCGAUCUUCAGAUGUUUACAGAAAACUUUGGUUGGGAGCACCAGUCUGGCAAGGAACCGCUGUGAUUGUGAAAUCUAUAUUGUUUUGCCUUUACGGUCCCCACUUCCCUCUUGUUUCUCUGUAUGGUUUCUGGCUGCUUCUGUGACUGUUUCUAGCUGGUGUAGAACUCAUUGGGGGAGAUUGUUCCUGUCUCCUUUUGGAAGGUUUAGAGCCACUAGGUGGGUGGGGUGGGAUGGGCUGAAGAAUUGUUUCGCCAUCUGUUAGGAUUGGUCACAGAAUUAUUUUGGAACAUUUUAGUAAAACGCUUGGCUAAGGUCUAGCGAAGCAGGACUCAAGUUUAACAAUAGAAACCAGGGUUCCAAAAGAAGUUCUUUGGAACCAACUCCAGGACCCAGCCCAGGAUCCGAGCUGCCAGACCUCAACCCCCUGCCAAUGACACCAUGCAGAAGCUGGAGUCCCCAGACGAGCUAAUUGUGACUGGCCACCGGGAAAAGUUCGUCUGCCUCGUUGGGAGUGGUGAGCAGUGUAUCAGCAGUGGGUGCCUUUGGUUUGGUGAUUGUUACUAAACAGAGGUGUGGUUUUCAUUCAGGAAACACAUGGGGUUGAAUUUACCUGGGGUUUUAAACUCCUUGGAGUCGAGGCGCAGAACCUGCUGGAAAGGCAGCAGAGCGGAGACGGGGAGUAAUUCGGAGUAGACGUACUACUGCUUGGGAGUGACUGCCUAGGACCAAACAAACUUCUGCUCCACGCUGUACUUAGCGAGCAAGGCGCAGCUGGGCCCGCUCCGGGACGGCAGCUGUGAGUGAGCGUAACGCCCGCUGGAAAUGAGCUACAAUGAGUAGCAAAUAGCGAGCUGCAAUUGGCAAGUAUUGAUUAACAAUGACUGCUAAUUACAAAUAAAGCACAUUGUAGGCAUGUGAGAAAUGAGUCAGUACGGACGGUUGAAAAUCAAUACACAAUUAGCAAUUAGCUUGUGUUCACAAUUAAUAAAUGCACACACUACUAAUUAA